AUGAGAAGUGCUUAUGAUUAAUCAUAAUGUUAAUAAGUUCUUUAGGUUUGCAAUAACCCUUAGGGGAUGCUAAAUUAACACAAUUGUUUCCUUGAGUAUGAUAUCCCCAUUUUUAAUAAGAUUCCUAAUACAAAAAAAUUUCAAACUAAACCUAAGGAGAAUAUUUUUGAACAUAAAAUUGGCAAGGAUAUUGUUUCAAUUAAUGAUUCGAAUCAAACUCCUCUAUAUUGCAUAAAUUGGUUGAAGCGUAAAUAUGGGAGAGAUGACUUUUAUCAAUUAAAAAAACAAUAUGAAAAGUUAUUAUAAAUACAGCCUGAAUUAAAUAUAGAUUAUCAAAUCGAAAAAGAUUUAAAAAGGACGUUGCUUGCAGAAAAUAAAGUCAAUGAAAUAAGAAAUAUCUUGUUAGCUUAUUCUGUCUUUGAUCCCUCAAUUGGAUAUAUCUAAGGAAUGAAUUAUAUAGUUUCUGUGUUAUAUAGCCACGCAAAAUAGGAAUGGAUCGGAUUUUGGCUAUUUGUUUUACUGAUUUAAUAAAUGGGAAUAAGGGACGUGUUUUAAAUGUCUCAAAAUUCAUUAAAUAAAUAUUCCAAAAUAUUAGAUUUCUAUAUUUUUAGAUAUCAAUAUCAAUUAUAUUUAAACCUUAGAGAGAAAAAAGUACAAACUCAAUUAUACCUCUAACAAUGGAUUUUAAGUUUAUUAUUGCAAUAAAUACCAUUUGAAUAUUCAUAGAUGUAUCUAGAUGGAUUAUUCAAUAAUGGGUUAUCAUAUUUUUAUACGGUUGCGGUAUCAUUAAUAAAGAUGUUUGAAUAAGCCAUCAUUGAAGGUGAAUAAAUAGAAAUAUUGAUGAUCCUUACAUAAAAAUAGAAUGCUUUAUUAAAUUGGGCAUUUAUCCUAUCUAUUGAUUGGGAUAUUUAGAAACAAGAUAUUAAAGCGAUAGAUGAGAGUUUUGAGAUCGAAAAAAACAUUUUUUAGAUAUCAAGAUUGCAACCUUAUUAAUCAGCACAACUUCCUCACUUUAUUUAAUUUAUCAAAUAAUGA